AAACAAUACGGUCUUUUCACACCUAACUAUAGCUGGGUGUAGAGAACCCCAGAUUGGUAGGAUUAUUUUUCCCAUAUAUACAACCCUAAUUAAUAAUAGAAUGUUCCACAUGUCUCAGCCCAUUCCUGACACGUUAUGUAUCAUAUAAGUAGGCCAAUUUGACAAGACUCCGAUCUUGAAUUCUUGAUUAUCAUAGCUAGAUAGAAGAGUCUCAAUUUUUUUAUUUCUUUUAAGUUUGAUCUUCUGGGUCUCUUUCUCCUUCAUAAUAGUUCUCCUGCAAUGGGAAGUUCCAAACGUUUCUCUCUAUCACAGGUCUCAAGCCAUACCUCUGCAAAAGAUUGCUGGGUGAUCAUUCAUGGCAAGGUAUAUGAUGUGAGUAAGUUCUUGGAAGAGCAUCCAGGAGGAGAAGAGGUUCUUCUACAGUCAGCAGCCAAAGGAGAUGCUACUGAAGAUUUUGACGAAGUGGGUCAUACUACUGCAGCCACUGCCAUGAUGACUUGCUACUAUUUAGGUGAUCUUAAGGAUUCCGAUUCUAACUCCGAUGACGGCGCCGCCGAGGAAGAGAAAUAUGAGAGAUUUGUUCCACCUAAGGCAUCACACCAGUCUUCCCUUGUUUUCAUGAAACUUAUUCCUUUCCUCAUCCUUGUAAUGGCUUUUGCUGUUUGGGAUUAUAUCAACAAAGCCAAAGCUUAA